AUGCCCGUCAAGACCCGCGAGGUGUACAACCACCACCAGAACUCAGAGGCUUGGAACGACUUCCCCUUUCGCCCUGACGACAUUGUCAUCUCAACGUACGGCAAGUCGGGCACAACCUGGGUUCAGCAAAUCGUCGGGCAGCUCACACAGAAAGGUGACCCGAGCGUCGCGCCUGGCCUCCUGUCGCCAUGGGUCGACCUGCGCAUCAUUCCCAAGGAGGCGUUGCAUGGCAUGGUCGAAGCCCAGACACAACGGCGCUUCUUGAAGACCCAUCUUCCCCUGGAUGCCCUCGUCUGGAAACCGGACGUCAAGUACAUCUUUGUCGCCCGGGAUGGCCGCGACAUGAUCUGGAGCACCCACCAUCAUUUCUCAAUCGCCACUCCGGCAUUCUGGCAGCUCAUCAACGACACUCCGGGCCGAGUAGGGCCCGCUUAUCAGCCGCCUACCCCCAACCCGCGGGAUCUAUUCGUCGAUCUGGUCGAGGACGAUUCACGGGGCAGCCUGCCGUGGCCAUUCUGGAGCCACACCCGUCAAUGGUGGGACGCGCGGGACCAGCCGAACCUGUUGCUCGUCCACUUUAACGACCUCAAGAAGGACCUUCCGGGAGAGAUGCGCCGGAUCGCGGAGUUCCUCGAGGUUCCAGAUUUGACCGAGCAGCAGUGGAAAGAUGCCGUCGAGCAUUGCACGUUCGCGUGGAUGAAGGAGCAUGCUGAGAUGUCGUCCCCGCCGCAGGCGGAUAUUGCGUUUGAUGGAGGUGCUAAGAACUUCAUCAACAAGGGCACCAACGGUCGCUGGUCGGAUGUCCUGUCGGACGAGGAUAAUGCCAAGUAUCUGGCGAAGGCCAGGGAAGAGUUGGGCGAGGAGGGUGCGCGAUGGCUAGAGAAGGGGCGCCUGGCUUGA